UAAAAUGUAUUGACAAACAAAUCACGUGUUUAUUACGUUAUUUAAGUUUAAAGUUUUAACGAUUACUACAUAUGUAUUAAAAGUCAAAUAAAUUUAAUGAUAAUUAAAAAAUUAUUGAUAUUUUGAAUAUAAUGUGAAGUAUGCGAUGGUUGGCCUCAAUAGCGAUCGGUUUGAACAGCUGUCGGAUAACAACAGAUUAAAACAAGAGCUGUUGUGCGGUAUUUGUCACGAAGUCAUCGAUAAUGCCAUUCAAACCCAAUGCAAACAUGACUUCUGUAACGACUGUCUCAAGACUUGGCUGAUGUCAAACAAUGACCGCAAAGAGUGUCCCGAAUGUAGACAAACACUGACAUCAAGAAAACGAAAGAGAUCUGCGGUUAAUAGUAAUGACAUACAAAUUGUGGCCAACGUUUGGGUGGAGAAAAAUCGCAAACUUAAUAACAUAAUCGGCUCUUUGAAUAUCACAUGCGAUUAUCACUGGAAUGGAUGUAAUCAARUGAUACCAUUGGAAUCAUUGAAUUCACAUUUGAAUGAAUGUCAGUACAAGUUAUGUCAAAGUUGUGGAUUCAAUGCUGGCCAGAGUCGGGACGAACACAAUUGUAUUGAAUUAUUAAAGAAUGAAAUCAAUGAAAUGUUAAACAAAUAUAAGACAAUAACUUCAGAAAAGAUUAAAAUCGAAAAACAAUUUGAAAAUUACAAGAAUGAGUCAAAUCAAAGGAUUCAGAAAAUUGAUAACAAAUUUAAAGAAGUGGUUACUAUAUGUCAGACAUUUUAUCACAAGUUUAACGAACAAAAACAGCUAAAGAAAAAUAUGGAAAAAACAUCUAAAAGUUUAUCACCAGAAGGAUGUGUUGACUUAAAACCAAUUAAUGAUAGCAAUUGUUGUAUCAUUUGUGACCAAACUAAUGAUCAACAACUGAUUGCUUGUUGUAAUAAAGAUUGUGUCACCAAAUUUCACAUUUCUUGUUUAGGAUUAGAUGUUAAAUCGGAUGACUUUAAAUGUCCCAAUUGUAUGACAAAUUCAAAUAACAGGUCAAAUGCUACUUCUGGUAAUCAAUCAGAAGAUAUAAACAUUGAUUGCGUUGUGAAACUUGAAGUUAUAAUGUUUGGCACUUUUAGGGCCGUCGGAAAAGCUGUUGAAAUUAGUGUAAACGGAAUUAAAUUGAUUAAUAUCAUUGCAAAUGCAAAUUCAAAAUUUAAUUAUAAUAUAACGUUUCCGUACCAAGAGAUACAACAGAUUAUGUAUAAUAACGAUCCGUCGCUAUCUUUAUUGGUGUUAUUGGUUUGCGAAAAUCCCAAUCAAAAGGUUAAUAUGCUUUUGCCGUCAUUGAAAUUUACCGGUGAAGAAUAUCGCAACUCUGGUUUCAUAUUUAAUACCAAAUCUAAUGACACAAGAGAAAGAUAUAUAAUACUAAAGUUAACCCAAAGAUUAAGCGAUAAAUUUAUUAAUUUAUUGAAGCAAACGGUACAACAAGAGGGUGACUGUGUUUGUGUGCCCAUCACUAAUGAAAUUAAACAACUUUUUAAUCAUAAUUGA